UGACGGGGACGCGCAGCGCGCCGCGCCGCUCGGCACACCGACCGAGGAGGGAAGAAUGGGAGCGAGACGGGACGACCCAUGUGCCCACUGAAAACAUGAGGACGGCGGACCGACUGUUGGAGACUGUUUCAACCUUUACCUCGCUGAGGGCUUUCCCCGCCAGAGGCCCGUAGUUGCUUCUCCGUUCGGAAAACGCAGAGAGAGAGAGAGAGGAGGGAGCCUCGUUGUGAAUCCCGUUUGACCGGGAUAAAAGCCCGGUCAGUGAGUGGGGGGUGUGGCGGUUCCACUUGACCUUUGACCUCAACGGGAAGAAGGAAACAGCCACUUCAGAGAUGGACCAGGUGUCAGAUGACGAGUUGGACCAUGGAGCGGAGGAGGACAGUGAUAAGGAGGACCAGGACCUGGACAAGAUGUUUGGAGCCUGGCUGGGAGAGCUGGACAAACUCACACAGAGUCUGGAUGACGGCAGGCCGCAGAAGACCAUGCAGAAGCCCCCCCUCAGGCAGGAAACCAAUAUGGCCAACUUUUCCUACCGCUUCUCUAUGUACAAUAUCAACGCGUGCCAUUUGAACUUUAACCGUCUUCACCACCACCCCUCCGCCCUUCCUUCAGAGGCGUUGAACCAGGGGGACACGGUGGAUCUGGACGCCCUCAUGGCCGACCUGUGCUCCAUCGAGCAAGAGCUCAACACCAUCGGAAAGCCCAACUCCAUAUCAAGGGGCCAGACCAAGGGCCACCAACGGGCCCCCGGGGGACGCAGUGCCAGCGCCAAGCAGACGAGCACCACCACGGGAGGGGGCAGCAGUGGAGGGAGCACCAGCAGCAGUACCCGGGCGUCACCAGCCAACACGGUCCGAGGCGGCAGCACCAACGCCCGCCCCGUGGCCUCCAACUUCUCUCUAGACGACAUCACAGCUCAGCUGGAGAAGGCCUCCCUCAGCAUGGAUGAAGCGGCUCGACAGACCACUUCCUGUUCCUCCUCCUCGUCCUCCUCCUCGUCUUCCUCCGUCUCCUCCGCCACGCUCCGGCGGCCGUCGUCCGGCCUGUCCGGCAGUGGGCAGCACCGACGGACUGGCUCAGUGGGUGCGGUCAGCGAGCAGGAAGCCGCGUCGCAGCGGUCCAGUGUGAAUUCUGCAUGUCCGUCCAUGUCCAGCAUGGACUCCCUGGACAUCGACAAGGUGCUGAGCGGGGGGGAGGCCGACGGGCAGGGGCAGAGCGCCCCGAGCACCCAGGGACAAGGCCAGACCAGCACAGAGCACUCCUACUUGGACCGAGAAACUUCGCUCAUUCUGAAAAGUAUAGCUGGAAAGCCCUCUCACCUCCUGACCAAGGAGGAGCAGGCUGCCAAACUGAAGGCAGAGAAGAUCCGAGUGGCCCUGGAGAAAAUCAAGGAGGCACAGGUCAAAAAGCUGGUGAUCAGGGUCCACAUGUCGGACGAGAGUUCCAAAACCAUGAUGGUAGAUGAGAGGCAGUCAGUCAGGCAGGUGCUGGACAGCCUGCUGGACAAGUCGCACUGCGGCUACAGCCCCGACUGGUCUCUGGUGGAGACCAUCAACGAACUGCAGAUGGAACGCAUCUUUGAGGACCACGAGAACCUGGUGGAGAACCUGUUAAACUGGACCAGGGACAGCCACAACAAGCUCAUGUUCAUCGAACGCAUCGAGAAGUACGCACUUUUUAAGAACCCCCAGAACUAUCUGCUGGGGCGGAAGGAGACGUCUGAAAUGGCCGAUAGGAACAAGGAGGCUUUAUUAGAGGAAUGUUUCUGCGGCGGCUCAGUGUCUGUUCCAGAGAUUGAGGGUGUGCUGUGGCUGAAGGAGGACGGAAAGAAGUCAUGGAAGAAGCGCUACUUCCUCCUCAGAGCCUCAGGGAUCUAUUAUGUCCCCAAAGGCAAAGCCAAGGCCUCUAGAGAUCUGGUUUGCUUUCUGCAGCUGGACCACAUUAACGUGUACUAUGGCCAGGACUACCGCAGCAAAUACAAGGCUCCUACUGACUACUGCCUGGCUCUGAAGCAUCCCCAGAUCCAGAAGAAGUCCCAGUACAUUAAGUACCUCUGCUGCGAUGACGUUCGGACCCUGCACCAAUGGGUCAAUGGCAUUCGGAUCGCUAAGUAUGGGAAGCAGCUAUACGCAAACUAUCAGGAAGCCAUGAAGAGGACCGAGGCAGCCUACGACUGGUCCUCUCUCUCCACCUCCAGCAUCCGAUCUGGCUCCAGCUCCGCCAGUAUACCUGAGUCCCAGUCUAACCAUUCAGGCCAGUCAGACAGUGGCGUGGACACAGGUUCCUCUCACGGCCGCUCUCAGAGUGUGGUGAGCUCCAUUUUCUCAGAGGCUUGGAAGAGGGGCACGCAGAUGGAGGAAAGCACCAAGCAGAUGAGGAUGGAGGCAUCCAGAGGGUCCACCCUCCCCCAUACGCCUCACAGCCACAGGCAUCACAGCCAGCAUUCGGCAGAGCACCCCACCGCGACUCCCACUCCGACUCAGCCUCAACCGCAACCGCAGCACCACCAGGCCCCCCAGCAUCAGCACCCACCCCCCCAACCACAACCCCAACCCCAGCAGCAGCAGCAGCCCUCACAGGCCCAGCCUUUAAUACCCCCGCCACCCCCGCCGCAUCAGCAGCUGCCCCCCCAGUCUCAGCCCCCUCAGCAGAUGCCCCAGCAGCCACCCCAGGUACCCCAACAAACACAACAAUAUCAGCAACAGCAACAACUGCUCCAACAACAACAACUCCAACAACAACUGCUCCAACAACAACUGCUCCAACAACAACUCCAACAACAACAACUCCAACAAAAACUGCUCCAACAACAACAGCUGCAGCAACAACAACAACAACAAUAUCAACAUCUACAACAGCAACAACAACAACAGCUACUGCAGCAGCAGCAGCAGCAGCCACCACCACAGGCACAAGCCACCAACAGCAUCCACACCCCUCAACAGCAACAACAGCCAUCCCCACCGCUCCCUCCUCCCCCACCCCCACCCCCUCCCCCUCCUCCUCCCCCCGUCCAGAGUGUGUCACACCACUCGCCGGCCCUCACAAUGUACAAGUACAGCACCAUAACCAGGCUCCAGAACCGGAACGCCUCCCAGGGUGCCAGCCAUCACAAGCCGGCCAAUCACCUUCCUCCAGUGGUCCAGCAAGCCCCGCCCCAGGCUCCCGCGCCACCACUCGCUCAGGUACCUGUCAAGCCCCAGGCUAACCAUAUCCCCCCACCACCUCCCCCACCUCCACCCCCACCACCCAUGCCAGCCCCUGGGUCGGCCAUGGCCGUGCUGAAGCUGGCCCCUCCCAGCCCAGCUGCCUCCAAUGCUUUCAUCCCAUCGCCUCCACCGACCAAUGGUGUGGCAUUUCCUCCACCCCCUCCCCCUCCUCCCCCACCAGCUCCCAAGCCAGGCCCGUGCCAACCAAUCUGCUCCAGUGGGUUGAAGCAGGCCCUGAAGGAGAGGUUCCCCAGCCCGCCCCGAGAUCUCCUCUCCCCAAUCAGUGGACUGGAGGAGUCCCCACCACCUGCCCCUGCCCCUCCGCCCCCACCUCCCCCACCACCUCCACCCCCACCACCUCCCCCUCCCCCACAGCAGUUCCCUGUGCCUGCCCAGUUCCCACCUCCUCCUACACCCCCACCAGCUCCACCCAAAACCUUCACUCCAGGCUUCCUCCCUCAGACUGCCCCCAAACCCAUGUCUCCUGUCUCCCCAUUCCCUCCUGCUCCACCCCCGGCUGCCCUGGCCCCACCACCGCCAGCAUCCCUGGCCCCACCUCCUCCCCCUCCUCCUCCCCCGCCUGCACCACUGAAGAAGCAGUUCAGCCUCCAGGCGGGCCACACAUCCAGUCAGCCGCCACCAACUCUGCCCAAGCAGCACAGCCUGUCUAAGGCUCCACUCAUUUCCACCGGAGCACCUCCCAGCACUUCCUUAGUCAAGCAGAUCGCUAGUCAGUUCCCGGGGGCAUCGUUCCAGGCAGCCAAUCACACAGAGAGCCUUAAAGCACCGCUCUCCCCACCUGCUGUGAAGGCCAAACCAAAAUGGCAGCCCGGUGGUGGCCAGCAGCAGUCCCCAGAGUUCCCUCCUCCCCCUUCUGAGACCACCGGAGGCUUUUCGGCCCCUCCCCCACCACCCCCUCCUCCCCCUGCCCCCGUCUGUGGCCCCACACCGCCUCCUCCACCUCUUCCUCCUGGAGACAUGGGCUCCCUUUUGAGGAAGUCCCCUUCUGGCUCCUCAGCCUUUUGUGGGAAGAAGCCGCCCCCCACCCCGCAGAGGAACUCCAGCAUCAAGUCCGACUCCUCGGCUUCCUACCAGGAGUCUAGGAGAAACCUCCUCAGUAAGUUCGCUCCUCAGAUGAGUGCACAUCCUCCCUCCUCCCCCUGUCCUACCUCCUCUUCCACGGCAUCUCCUUCCAAGGAGCCCCCUGUGGGACCGCCCGCUCCCCCAAAACCAGGCAAGCUCAACCUGGCCAACCUGCCCGCAGCUCUCCAGGCCAAAAUAAGUCACGCCCACCAGUCCAGCGGAGACUUCCCUUCCCCGCCUCCGGAGUGUGCCUACUUUCCUCCUCCCCCUCCAGCCUCUGAUCUCUUUCCCCCUCCUCCGCCUCCUGCUGGUGACACCCACAUUGGGGCACCCAAGGUGGCUGUGGUCAACCCCCAGCCCCAGGCACCGCCUCCUCCCCCACCUGCUUCGCUUGUCAACAACCCCACCUGGGGGAAGGGGUCGCUGAAGAAGACACCGCCCCCGACGCUUGGGCGGCGCGGCAAUGCCACCCCGGAGCCCCCACCCCUCUCACCAGCCCCGCAGCACCCGCCACCCACCUCCCCCAAGGGCAGUACGGGCCAGCCCAACUUCCUGGAAGACCUCAGCCGGACUCUGAGGCGUAAAUCGGUGGGGCGUCAGGGAUCGCUUGCCUCCUCCCACCUCCCGGACCCAGCGGGCACCAUGGAUGACAUGGCACUGCCGCCGCCACCCCCCGAGCUUCUUUUGGACCCAGAAAAACAGGGUAACGGGGCCUAUGCGUCCGGGGGCAUCUCAGGCUAUGCAACGCUACGGCGGGGACCCCCGCCCGCACCGCCCAAACGCGGGGACACCACCAAACUCACUGGUGAGUGUUGAUGGUCGCCAGGGACCAGUGACACGAAGGAGGCCGACGGACGGAUGUUGAAUGAAUGCAUAUUUGAGUUAGGCUCCUUUAAGAUAGAAGGUUAGGAGUGAAGCCAAGUACCUUCUGUCCCGUCAGGAUCACGGCGAUGGCGAAUACAUGACUCUGUAUAUACUGAGAGCCAAAUCAGACCUGGGUCAGCUAUUGUUUGUGAAUGAUUCUUGAAUUUGUUUUAUCCUGCCUGGAGUACCAAAUUAGUGAAUGACGUUUACGACAUGGCGACAAUUCAGAUAGUGCCCGGUAAGUCAUAGGUAACACAAACGUGGACUUAUUUCACUUUCAGAUAGUCACCUUUUUAACUGUCUUAAUCUUUUUGGCAGUCGGUGUGUCAUCCCAUAUGGCUUAACCCCACCCCCCCCCAUCCCCCAGCUCCCGCCUGUCUGGCAAGCAAACAAAUUACAAGAAUAAAUUGCGCCAAUUAUUUGCAAAUAUCACGUUUAAUCCAUGCCUGAGCCAAACCACCUAUCUGCUUCUUUGCCAUAACUAUGUGCCACAUACGACAAAAAAAAAAAAAAAAAAAAGGAAAAAAAAAAAGAAAAGCAUAAGAGCCGUACUGCUCUUAUGUGUCGGUUCUUAUCUGCUUUGGUACUGCAUGGACCUCCUGUAACACAAGCUGUAAAACAUGAAGCUCUUCUGUAGGUGUGAGUGUCUGAGAGGGACUGCGAGGGCGACCGGGAAGCGACUACAUAUCUGUGCAUCUUCUGCGUGCGUGUAUGGAUGUUUAUCAGACGUGUUGUAGGAACUGUUGAGCAAGGCCUUCACAGAACAGGGACUGUUGCUUCUUGGAUUUUUGUAUUGAAUUUUAUUUAAUGAUCGCAAACUGAAGGUGUGUUCUUUUCUUAUAUAUAUAUAUAUAUAUAAUUGUUUCUUUUCAUAGCCAAUCAGCAAAGGCUAGGGAGGAUCCAACUGACGUCAGGGCACAGUGAAAUGCGCUGGGAGGAUUGGGAAAACCUUUUGAAUUGACGCAUGCACGCAAAUGCAGUGAUUCAGCAACUCAAAAGUAGACAAAAAAAAUCUGUUUAACUUAUUUUAUCGAGCCUCUGUGUUUCUAAGGCAUUCCUAGACCCCCCCCCCCCUUUGCCUACAAAUGCAAAUCGGACAGAAGCCUUAUUCACAACGGAUUGCACAGAAGUCAGGACAUUUCCAAACAACGUGGAUAUUCUUCCAGAAGGCUCGGCGGAGUCUGCAACUGGAUGAAAAUCUCAGAAGAAAACAAGUUUUUAUUUGAUGCAAAGAACAAUAGCUGUGGCUUAUAAUGGACUGUUCAAACUGGAGGGAAGGCCGAUGGUGGUGGUGGUGGUGUGUGUGUGUGUGUGUGUGUGUGUGUGUGUGUGUGGUGAGUUUUCCACGUGUGUGUGCUGUAUCUUGGACCUGAUCUUUUUGUUUAUCUGUACAGUUACAACUUGCUGCUCCCUUCCUUAUUGACCCCUGCCGCCUUCUAACGACACAUUGGUGUCCCAAUCCAGCAAGUAGAAUGUACAGGUUGGACACGCCCAUGUGCAAUGUACUAAUUCUGCACCCAAAAGGUGUUCCCAAGUGAAAACUAGAAGAAGAAAAAAAAUAGACAUUUUUAGUGAGUUAAUGUACAGAGCAUUAAAUGUUCCCGUCAUUAACAGGUGGUUUUAUGUGAUUGGCAAAAUGACCCAAACAAUUGUCUGACUGGCAUUAGACUGAAUGUUGCGUUCAGCUUUGUGUGUCUAUUGUAUAACGUCUUCAUGGUGCCAUUCCUCCAGCGCCCCCCCCCCCCCGGCAGAGAGGGGUGAAAGGUUAAGUCUUGGUUUUGCACCGACAACACAGAUCAUGUAUGUUGUACGUCUACAGCAAUGCCUUCUUCUUCGUCGUCUUCUCUCUUUUUUGUGUGUAGGGUGCUCACGCUGUCCUUUGAGCUGUGGCCUCAUUGUCAACAUGGCCUUGUGUCAGCGUCAUAUUCAAUACUGUGGACGGCUGAGGCUGGUGUCGAAACGGCAGUAGUGGCGACUGUUGCUUCAGGGGUGAAAGGUCAUGUCCCCGCUGCCAAAGUGGGCACGUUCCUCAACAGUGGCUUACAUACGACGUUCAUAACGGAGACCAUUACUAUCUACAUAUAUUACACGAGCUGUUCAUGGAAGAACCUCAAAUGCAACGGACGAUUCUGUACAAGACCUAUUUAAUAACGUACUAAUCUGUUACCCUGCUUACCGACAGUUCUUUGUUUGCCACUCGGCAGCUGUGUAUCUUUUCAUAUUACUGAGUAUCAUUGUCCUUUACAGGUUGUUGGCCACAGUACAGUAUGUGAUUUAUUGAUGUGCUGAUUCUGGAUUAUGUGGGGGGGAGGGGGGCAAGCGAAAUGAAGAAAAAUGUGUGGAGAUGCAAACUUAAAUGUGUCCUCUUGCAUAUAAACUGAAAAAUCACAAUAUAAAUGUUCAAACCAGAUCCUCAA